GAAGAGCUUUGAAAAUAUGCUGAUUAUGCUAUUAUGCUGAAGUAGAUAGAGGCUUUGAUCCACCUUGAAGUAUAAACAACUUUUUUGGGAAGAUUUUUUUUUCGUACCCAUGGGUCAUUUCGUCAAAAGAGCCCGCGUGAAGUUUACAUAGCGCAGCGGCUUUCUCGAUGAGUCCAAGAUGGAGGUUUGUGUGUCGGGAGCUGUGUGGUCUUCGUUACUUUUAGAGCUUGCAAACAGCAAAGGGGAUUCGGAAGGAUUUUUGAUUGGAGAAGUCAACACUCGGGCUGUGACCAACAUCAGUGAUACGUCGUCUCAGCAUUUGACAUAUGAACGAGUUUCAACUAUUCAAGGCCUAAUCCCAUGUUAUAAUACAUUCAGUUUUUAUGAUAAUGUUGGAAGAAUUGACCACAAAAAACUUCAAAAUACAGUCUUGAAACAUAACAAAAAUAUUAUUGGCUGGUAUAAGUUCCGGCGGAAUACACAGUCAAUUGUGUCUAUGAGAGAACAUCAUAUCCACCAUAACCUCAUCAAUGAGAUGAGAUUUAGUCCUUGUAGAGAAUUCCUGUUUAUUAUAUUUACUGCAUCAAUAGAAAAAGAAUUUUCUGUGCAUUCUAUCAACUACACCAUUUAUACCUCCAGUUCUAAAAAUAGCUUGUUUGAUAGUCAUGAACUAAAAGUGAUCAAUUUAGGCGAUACUUCACACUCUGAGUAUAAAGCACAACCCGACACAAUCAGAACAGCGUCAAAACUAUUUGAAGAAGUAACGGAUGCGUACAGAGAGGAUUUUAUGGAUAAAGAUGGAUGUCUCCAGCAACCUCUAUCAUCUCAUUCUAUGUACAUCUCUCUGGUAACAAAAAUGAAGGAUAUUUUGUGUGACGUGAGAGACAGUGAGUCAACAGUCAGUGUCAUGGCUCAGCAGGUUGAAUCACUGAGGGAAAAAGUUGAGGCAAUAAAGAGUAGAGAGCUCGAGAAGAGAAGAGUCAUUGAAGAAAAUGAAGUGAAAACAGCACAACUGAUUGACAUUAACGAUACUGAAAACACCAGUGAACGAAGCAGCAAGAAAGAAAGAGUUGUUGAAGGUGCAGAGGGUUCGUCCAAAAAAAGCAGGCGUCAUUCGCAUCAAUCUAAAAGCAGACAAAUGGAGCCAAUGGAAACAGACAUUUUAAUCGAUCUUAGCGAUGACACUAUGGACAAAACGCCAAGGGCUUCUUUGCCUUUAAAUGGAGCUGUAGUGUAUCAGAAUGCUACAAAAGAGGCUAGAAAUGAUACUGCAGGGCAUAAUGACGAUGAUUCUGAUGAAACACAAGAUUAUAGUUUACCUAAUGAUAAGCAAGAUACAACAUACCAGCAGCAAUCUGUGAUGGAGUCAAUGUCACCAACAUAUUAAUGAAGGAAAUGUCUUCUUGCUAUAGAUCAAUAUUCUGCUAUUUCAAAUAAGAUUUUCAGGUUCAAAGGCCAUAAAAUACAACACAAAAUCUUGAAGUCUUCCCAAGACCCAUAUAUUGUACUGAUAGAAAUAUCAAUGCAGCAAUUUUAUCGCUCUAAAACUUAAAAUUGUUUGUAUUUUUGUAUGUGUUUUGUUUAAAAAUAUUUUUAUUGCAUUUGCCUUACAAAAUGACAACUUUAUUGAAAUAUAUAGCAGUAUAUGAAAUCUAUGCAGCAGGAGGCAGGUUUCUUGGAUAUUUUAGGCAUCAAUCAGUGAUGAUGACUGAGUACUUUAACCUUAGGAACAUCAGUAGCAGGAGUCUACAUUUUUUAUACAAGUAUUAUGAUGGUACAAUGAACUUGAUCCAGAACAAGAACUGCCAAAUGGUGCUGGCAUCUAAACUACAAAAUUCCUGCUUCUUGUCGAUAAAUUCAUAUAAGAAUUCAAUUGCAGCUCUACAUUGAUAUGUUCAUUAUGACUGAUAGUAAUGUACUAUAUUUAUUGGUAUAAACAAUAACAAGAACCUUCAAGUAUUGGUUGAUUCAAGUCAAGUCAAUGCUUCCAACAUUUAUACUAUAUGUACGGAACAAAAUGUAUCUAGUAUUAGAUUAUGAACUGUACUCUACAAAAUUGGAUAUGCGAUUGAAAUGUUUGAUGUUGUACUACUUUGUAUCAUGGCCAAGAUACAAGAAUGGAGUCUAUAUAUAUCUCUUAUUAACAUACAUUCAUUACAAAAUGUUUAAAGUACACUGCCAAAUGGAUUACUAUAGACUCUUUUGCAGCUUCACAUAAAGAACUAGCGGAAGUCAUGUGUGGAAAUGUGAGAAAUAACUGCAGAAGAAUCUGAGUUGCAUUGCUAAGAUGUAACCCACUAUGGAGUGCUGCUCUAUCCAAAUUUAGUUGCUUAUAUUAGUUGUAGACUAGCUGACAAUAAGCCCUAGAGUUGGUUUAGUCACCAGAUUUUUAGGUCUUGGAUAAUUUUAUUGUCUAAUUUGACCGACAUCAGUCAUUUGAUGUAUGCAAGACUUUACUAAUAAAUAAUAAACUAUUAAUACUA